CUAUAAUCGAUUGACAUGCGCUUGCGCCCAAGGUAUCGAAUAGAAUCAAGUAGGGCAUUCGAUAUAUCAAUCAGCUGUUCCUUAUACGGAGAGGGAACAGUUCAAAAGACAUCUUUACGCUCCAUUUCCGAAGACAAUUCACCUGUUGCCAUGGUAACAAGACGCAACUGGUCAUCCUAAAUACACUGAUUAUCAUCUCAUUUAAAUAUUCUUAUCUAAACCGGGGAACAAUAAUUCUGACAUUCACAAGUCAUUUUACAUCAUUGCAAUGGAUCUUACAGAAACAAUGAAGAAUAUUGUUGCAAAAGGGAUUCAGACAGAAAUGGGUCCACCAUUCCCUGGAACUGGUUAUGUUACAGAGAAGUUAUAUAUGUUGCUACAAUUAUAUCUUCAAAAUAAGGGCUGGAAUCCUUCAGUUGAGCUCCUGCAAUGCUUUACUGAGUUAAAAGAAGCUUCCAUGUUGCCUAGUGCUGCAUAUCUACAAAUGAUGGCCUCAAGAGUAGCACUAGAUAGCCAAGGAAGACUUAUUUUGAGAGAAAAUGGAAAGAUAAUUCUUCCAUAUGAACAUUUUGCUAAUGCUGUCAUGUUAAAGCAUAUGAAUGGACCACAUGGCCUUCAUCUGGGACUAGAAGGCACUAUCAGAGCAGUAAUGGAGUCUUACACAAUUGGCCGGGAAUGUUUUGGGAUGGAGAAGGAAUUCAUCAUAGAAGUGGUUCAGAAUUGCCCUAAUCCUGCCUGCCGCUACUACAAGAACCAACUUGAAUUGUCACAAAAGUCACUACAUCUCAGUGCGCCUACAUACAUUUCUGAGUCUGGAGGAAGAAAAGGCUUGAAGAUGGGGACACAAAUGUAUUCAAAUGCAGGCUCAGCCCAGUUAGGAGUGGCUCCAGAUGCAAGUGGGAUGCUUCGAGGUGGGGCAUACCCGAGUGGAGGACCUACAGGUGACUUCAGUGUGCCACUCUCUCAUGCCCAGCAAGGGUUGCCUUUGCACCACCAUGGUGCAAGUGGUGCUGGUACAGGACCAGUGGAUCUGACAGGCCUAACUCCAGACAAACCACCCACAUCAGUGUCCACACCAAAUCGUGCACAGCAGAUGCCUGAUAAGUCUGGGCGACCAAUUGGUGAGCCUGCACACAAACAGCAGAAGCAGCAGCACUAUGAGCAACCUGGAUCAGCCCCAUCUACUGAUCACAAGCUUACAGAUUUUCUUCGGUCAAAUCUUGAGAACCUGGAGGGGCUGUCCAGUGCAAAUAAGGAUCUUCUUGUUCUGCACAAUGGUGCCUGGGCUAAUGACAGUGAUAAGCGAAUUCCUUCAACCUCAGAAGUUGGUCAAGAGAAAAUUGUCCGAGCAUUUGCUGAGAUAAUGAAGAAUAUGUCUCGCAUGAAGACCUGUGUCCGCCCAGCUAUGUGCAAACCUUAUGGAAAACAAUCAGAAGCACUACAGAAAACUCUUGUGGACACGAUUCAGCUAGUUCAGUCUCUCAGGUCCUUCCUACCACCACCACAUAUUGCGGUCAGCAGCUGGAAAAAUGAAGAUAAACACAGAAAGAGUGGGAUGGAGGAACUCUGCGGUGAUGCCGGACGGAAGAUCGACUGAUCCGAGCUACAGCAUGACGACGCUAGGGACGAUGAAGAAGGCGGGAUUGGCGUCGAUGGAGACGAUAUUCUAGUCAGACCAAAGACUCUAGACAUGUGACGGAAAUAUCUGUGAUAAAAAUUUUGAGAAGGAAAGAAGAAAAAGCUUUUAUCGCACAUAUGACAUGCAAAUUGUCGUUCUACAAUUUCAUAAAAUGGAAACUCUAGAUGACAGAUUUUGCUUUUAUUUUCUUUGUAUAUUUUAUGGGCAGCAUGACUAAUUCUUUAGUACUUAAGAAAGCAUAAUUUUAUUUGCUUUUAAGUGUACAGUAACUACUCCAUUCCAUGUUCUAUAAUUGUAUGACAGUGAUUGCCAUUUCCUGUUCACUACGUGUCCUUUAUUGUAGCAAUAGACUUUAAAUGUUACAUACUCUCUCAGUCCACAUAUUUAGGAGUCGUAUAUUCUGACACUUGGUAGGAAGCUUCAGUCUGCAGGUUAUUGUUGAUUUAACACCAUUCUGUGCUAUCUUUGGAGUCAGCCAGAUGGGAUAUAGUUGUUAAUUUUUAUAUUUUAGACAGUUUUAUCAUAAAUGUUCAGUAUAUAUAUAUAUAUACAUAUAAUAAGCUGCUACUUUUAUUGCAAGGCUCCACAGAAUGUCCAUCCCCUAUACUGUCUUACUUAUGUAAUGUAAGCUUACUUUGCAGUCUCUUUUUAAAAAUCAUAAAUAUUAAGUUAUAUUAUAUUGAUCAGUAUUAACUGUUAACCAUUGGACAUUUCAAUAUCUUUAGCGGUGAAUUCACUAGGAAAGUAUGAAUGGAAUUAGAGGUCCUUAUUUGUGUACAUUUGUAUUUUAUGGGAAUGAAGUGGGCCUAGUAUUUGGAUGAAUUAUGGGCCUUUGGUUAAUUUAAAUGAUGGUGAUAAAGUUUCCAAAAUUAGUCUCAAAUUAAGCAACCAGAAGGCAUAUAAUGUUGGUUGGUGAGUUUAGCAGUCAUUGCUUUUUAUUUACUAUGAAUCUCAAACUAAACUCAGUGCGUACAUUGGCUUCAUAUCGUAAACAGAAGUGUACUAAUCUAUUUUCUGCUUCAGCAUGUGGAAACUUACGGAUUCUCCAUGUAUAGUUUGCCUACCAUUGCAUGCUUUUUCACAUAAUUAUAAGAAUUAAAGAUUCCAAAUUGGUCCCGCACCAUAGCCGCGCGGUCUGAGGCAUCAUACUUCGGACCGGCGACGCGGAAUACGCUCUGGUUCGAGUCUCAGGGGAGAAGAAAUUUUCUCAUGAGCUUUCGACCAGUGUAUGGGACCAGUGCUAACC